GCACAUGCAAUCAUUUGCAUGAGCCCUCCUUUCCAAUGCUUCCCUUGUUUUAGUUCCCUCUAUAAAUUGGGAGCCUCCACCUCUCCUAGUUUUUACAUCUUUAUCUUCUCUUUAUAGUUUUAUCCAAGUCUUUCUUGCUAAUUAUCUAAUGGCAGCAGCAUUUACUCUAAAAGUUACAAAUGGGGCAUUGGUGCUGCUCUUAUGCUUGCUGGCUUUGCAAGGCGUUUCUGAAUGCGUUUCUGGCCAUGGAUGCUUCUAUGCAAAUGCAGCACGAAAUAGAAAGAUGCUGCAGGCUGAGUUGAAGGAAAACAAUGAGGUAGUCACGGGUUCACUGCAUGGAUCAACAAGCAGUACUGGGAAUAUAGAAAAUUUUGUGGGAUGGGAAUUAAGGACAGUGCCUUCAGGUCCAGAUCCAUUGCACCAUAAUGGUGGUAGCCCUAAGAAGCCACGGAUUGAUCCUUAAAUAUCCCAGCCGCAAGAGUUUAAGCUUUGGACAAUGUUUUGUUGGUGCUUUAUAGUUAUGAUAUAAGUCUAGUUAGUUUCAUCUUCUCUUUUGGAGGUGUAGUUUUGUUUAGUCAUGAGGAGGCUCUUCCAGGCCGUGGUCUCUUAUCCUCUAGUUGUUGUCCGUUUUGA